GGAAGGCCAUUGGCGAAAUCAAGAUGUAGACAGAUUGAUGCAUCAGUCUUAUGCGCUUCAGCGCCAAGACAUUGUGAACGGUGUACAAAGAAUCAAUGAGACAGAGGAGGAUGACCCUCAAGGGGAAGUACAAAUGGCAGAAACACAAAAACAGUGGCCUUUUCUCUUUUACAAGAGGUGGCAAGAUAAGCACUUCCAGCUCCUAACAGGAAACACAAUUGAUUUGGCUGUUGCGGAUUACAAGGAAAAUUUUUUGGAGCUGCUAAUAGAUUAUAUGACAUCCUGUGGCUCAGACAGCUCAAUGACUAAUGUUGUUUUAAGAAGACAAUGGCAAAGAAAUGGCUGCAAUGUAGAAGUACAGUUUUUGAUUGCCAUGACAAUUAUUUCUAACUAUUUUCAUGAGACUGGCAACUUGUUUGUAGCAGCUGAGGUAAAUGAUACUGUAGCACAUUAUUUCCUCUGAAUGAAUUGACACUCCCUGAUACAUACAUGCUUUGUUUCCUUACAGAAGACAACUUCACCAUCUGAGGUGAAAUUCUUACCAGGGGUUACUGGUGAUCCCUGCAUCAUAGCUCUAGGUUGGUUAUAAAUAAAGGAUGCCAUGUAUCAAUUUAAGAAUGAAUCGGAUAUUGUAAUAAAUCGAAUUCUCAAUUCCAGAUAAAAAUGUCUUCCAAGCCAAAAAAUUCUACACAAUCAUAGAUCAAAAUGUUGUGUUGACAACGACAAGAAGUGAAGAGGCACUGAUCGGACUUGUAUCAACAGCAUUUAUCUUUGAUGUCCAAUACCCAGUUGCACUGCGCCACACGUAUGAAUACAUAGAAAGGUAAAUUAAUCAAGAACUAAAAUGAAACAGCCAGUUUAAACAUAACAGAACAUUGAGUUAAUCUUUUCUGAUUCCCCUAGAGUUGUGUGCCGCUUGGGAACCAUGUCCAGAUGCCCCGGUGCAGUGGCUGUGACAUCACCAGUAGUCUUAAAAUUAAUUAGUGACUUAAGAAAGUUCCAAGAGCAAUUUGAGCAUACAUCAAACGUAGUUCUUGAAAAUUAAUAAAUGAUGAUAAUUUGGUAAAUAAUGAACUAAAAGGAAAUAGAUAAUUCAAGCAAAAAUGAACUGAAAAAAGGUAUAUUAUUACAAAUGUUAAACUGUAAGGAAAAAUAUUAAUGAUUUUGAGAAAAAAUUAACUGUGAGCUGUCAAAAGACUUGUAAAACUAUAUGAACCACAAAACUAAUGUUAUACACAACUAUGAAACAAGUAUUCUAAUUUAGACCCACACCCGAGUCCUUGUACAAUGAAUUUGUCAAACAAGCAGUCAUCUGCAUACAAUAAAAAUAUUGGACUAAAAA